CCCAUCACUACUUACAUUGCACCUCAUCUCUUGCUUAGAACUAGCCCAGCCAGUCUUUCUCUUUCUCUCUCUCUCUUUUCAAUUGCCAGGUAUCCACUGCUCUACGGACUGUGUCAUUCGGGCCCAUUCUUGUCAUUACUGGUAUACCGUUGAGAUUCGCUUUCCAUUGGUCCCUUCCGCGUGCUUCUUUCGUGGCGCCGAGUCGCACCUGGUCGCGACAACUGCGUUGGAACCAUGCAUAUGCCGACGUCUCUUGACCAUCCCCUUCCCCUGUAGGCCGGGAAACAAUGAGGAUCGCCAUUCGUGAGCAGUUGGCCGCCCUAGUGCUGUUGGCUGUCUUGCUUGCUCUCACUAUCGUGGCCGUUCCGACGUGGGUUUAUGUCCACAGAUUUGUAGUUAAUGUCGAAUCCGAUGGCCUCGCCUUAACCGCUUCACUCAAAGCCGCCCAGAUUGCCAACCAACUGGAUCUCAUCUCGACAUCCUGUAUUGGGAUCGCGACGAGGCUGUUGGUUCAGGCUGGCUUUCUCAGCUUCUACCAGGGCAACCAGACCGACGCAAACUGGGUCUCGGCCGUACGCGAUCUACAAACUGGCCUCAACUCUGGCGGUUCCCUGAAUCUGCUACAAGCCAAAUUAUUCUCGCGAAACGAAACCGGAAAUCCUAGCGGCCUUGCUAGUGUGACAGCCGAUAACAUCUCUGAUAUCCGGCUGCCAUACAAGGCCCCUGAUGGCUCCGAUGUUUUCUUGGGGGACACGACAUACGGUUACCCGCCGGUGCUCUAUCCUAACAUUACCUACUACAACAGCACAGAUCCCGACCCCUUCGAUCCGAACAACACCUUCGUUAUAGCCCGACCUUUUCCCGACAUACGCAUUGAUUCAGGAGUCGAUGGUCUUGUACUAGGACCCCUCGUUAUUAAUCAGACAUACGCUUUGGUUUCUUUAACAGUGCCCAUUCGGUGGCUGCGGAUGCGGAGUGCCGUGCUUGGCUACAUGACUGUGGUUGCGGAAGCGACUACAAUCCUCGAUAUUGUGCUCUCUCCGGAAGGUCUGGGUGAAACUGGAACGGUUCUGCUCAUAGGACCUGCCACAGGCUGGAAUCGCUUCAGCAAAUAUAAUUUGCCUGCGAACUCGACUAGCCCCGCGGCUGCCAAUUUCUCCAGUGUUGAUGUACAAUUUGUCUUCCCACCUAAUGUCUCUGACGGAAAAACGAACAGGCAUAGACAACACGAUUUCGCAUCUGGAACCUACAAUGAACCGUUCAAGGUUACCGAGUACAAUGCUGCAUACAAGGCCUUUACGCACAUUAAUCGUGCGACUAAUAAUGCGAGUAGUAUUCUUUCCACGACAAAUGAACAAGGUGUAGCGGUGGCAGUUGGCUAUGCGCGUCCCCCAACUACACUGGUCAACUGGACUCUUAUUGUCGAGCAAGCUAGGUCGGAGGCUUUCAUUCCCAUCAACACACUGCAGCAUAUUCUGCUUGGUACAGUGUUUGGAACCACGGGAGUGGUGCUGUUAUUUAUUGUUCCCUGCGCCCAUCUCAGUGUAAAACCAAUCCGACGCUUGAAGGCUGCAACUGAGAAAUCGAUUGCCCCCCCGGGUUAUGACGAAGCAUAUAUGGAUGAUCCAGAUUAUGACGAAGAUCACGCCACGUCCGGCCGAACUAGUAGUAAGAUGUCACAGGGCAUGUUCACGGGAAUCAAGAGAUGGUAUAGGAAGAACCUAAAACCACGGCCUCCGCCAUCAGAGCAUCCUAGCGAGUCUCGCCGGCAUGUUUUUAAGAUCCCUGGCAAAGUACCUAACCGCAAGCACAUCUUUACGGAUGAACUAACAGAAUUGACGACGACUUUCAACGAGAUGAGCGACGAACUUUUGAGACAAUAUACUUCGAUGGAGGACAAGGUUGCACAAAGAACACGAGAGCUCGAGGAAAGCAAAAAGGCGGCAGAGGCGGCUAAUGAGAGCAAAACACUUUUCAUUGCUAACAUCUCGCAUGAGCUGAAAACCCCACUGAACGGAAUCCUAGGCAUGGCCUCAGUGUGUAUGGAAGAGGACGACUUAGGACGCAUCAAGCAGUCGUUGAAAGUCCUUUAUAAGUCAGGCGAUUUGCUGUUUCACUUGUUAGAAGAUCUCCUUAACUUUUCGAAGAACCAGAUUGGUCACCAACUUAGCCUCGACGAGAAGGAAUUUCGACUGGGUGAUAUCCGAUCACAAAUCCUUACGAUUUUCGACAAGCAGGCCCGUGAAGGUCAGAUUACGUUCUCUGUCGAAUUCUUCGGUGCCGAUGUUGUCGAACCAGACCACCAGAACGCUGAGCGCAAUAGUUUUGAGGAGAAGCUUCCAGUCCUGGGUCCUCGUGGGGUUGGUCGAUUGCAAGAUAUGUACCUCUGGGGCGAUCAGCAUAGAAUUUUACAGGUGUUGAUCAAUCUUGUCAGCAACAGCUUGAAAUUUACACCCGCUCAGGGAAGGGUGUCUGUCCGUAUCAAGUGUAUAGGCGAAGCUGAAGUGAGCGACGAGAGCAGGACCUCAUCGUUCUCACGGAAUUCACCGAGCCACCAGGGACGGGUUCAACACCGAGGUGGUUCCCUAUCCAAUGCCUCGGCAAUAUCUCGAGAGACACCUAUACCUGGGACCGCUUUAUCGAUCAACCCCCUAGAUCCAAAGAUGGCACCGCACUUAUUUUCCGCCGAACGUUCCCAAACCCCGCCACCAAUACAUGCAAAGCCAUUCAUGUUUGAAUUUGAAGUAGAGGAUACUGGCCCAGGUAUUCCGGAACAUAUGAGAACAAGAGUAUUCGAGCCAUUUGUUCAAGGCGACCUUGGAUUAAGUAAGAAAUAUGGUGGAACCGGGCUUGGUCUAAGUAUCUGCCAACAGUUGGCCAACCUGAUGGGUGGCGCUAUAACAAUGACAAGUACUCUUGGAAUCGGUACCACUUUCACUAUGCGCAUCCCACUUAAGUACACCAAAGAGAGAUCCUCAAGUACUGCUUCAAGUAGUGUCAAGUCACGACCAAACAGUAUCAUAUCAGCUGAGGGUGAUUUGAGGAGGAGUUCUUUACCACAGACAAGCGCAGAAGUGAAAGCAAGCGUCCUAGAUCAGCAGCCCCGACUUGUUGGUUUAAGUCAGCCAUUCUUCGCUGCAGUCCCGAAAGCUGGGAAUAAGCCGACACCGGACGACCAAAUGAAAGCCGCGGAAAAAGCACGUGCAGACAAAGGCGAAGGGAAGUUACGUGUGCUAGUUGCGGAAGAUAAUCCUACCAACAUCGAGGUCGUCAGUCGCAUGCUAAAACUGGAAGACGUAUACGAUGUUACCAUCGCCAAGGACGGACAGGAAGCCUACGACUUGGUUAAGGCGAAUAUGGAGAAUAAGACGGAUUUUGACCUGAUCUUCAUGGAUAUCCAAAUGCCCAACGUAGAUGGGCUGCAGAGCACGCGCCUGAUACGAGAAAUUGGUUAUUCUGCGCCCAUUGUGGCAUUGACCGCAUUUUCUGACGAAAGCAAUGUCAAGAAUUGUAUAGAGUCUGGCAUGAAUGAGUUUCUCAGCAAACCCAUCCGCCGGCCGGCUCUUAAGCGGGUUCUUAAGAAGUUUGCAACGAUCGUAGAGGAGCCAGAGCCCACCGCCACUUCAAGGAGGCCUACGCCCGAAAAAGGCAGCCCUGUCAUCACGGCCCAGCCUGUCAACGGACGCGUUUCACCCGAUCUUGUUAACGGGAAGGAUGCUCUUGCUUCUAAUGGAUCGAUUUCUCCUACACCGGCCUACUGAUCCCCAGAUAUAUCUUGACACAAUUUCACAUGACAGUCGACCACGCCAGCCUUUUACAGUAUAACACACACUGACAACAUAACAUUACUUUAGCGCUAUAAUCGUUUACUUCUCACAUACUUCGAUUCUUCGCUUACGUGUUGUACUUCUACAUCGCGACUGUAACCAACAUUUUUAAUCAAUGGACUUAUGACGAUAAUCAUUCUCUUCCUUUUUUCCGAUAUUUCAGCUGCAUUUCGGGAGUAUACGUAGGGCAGGACAACAGAGUAUGGAAUUCCACCAACUGGUUUGCAUGGCGUCUGGGCGGCUCAAAAGAAGAGAUUUUCAUGGCUUUAUUUUACUAUGGCUUUUAGUAUAUAUCUGAAGCGACCUGGGAGGAUGAGGUCGCCAUUCUUCACCCUCAUCGAGGGAACAGUGCCAGAUUACACCGGAGAGGGAGAAAGCAGCUCCACGCAUGAACGCCCGAGCCAUAGAAGGUGAAAGUGCGGCGCGGCUAUUACGCUGAACUUCAAUUUUGUUUCAGGUUGAGAUGUCUUAUCGUCUCAAGUCUGUUCAAUAGGUGUCAUCUCUAGAUAGGAUACCCUUCAGAAGUCUACUCUAUCCGAGUUCAGUUGACAUGCCAGCCCACCAACUCGUAUAUAUAGUUAAUCACAUAACUGCAUCAUGCGGAUCAAGACUCUUUGACUCCUCUCCUUAUAACUUU